AUGUCAAGCAGCGCACCUGUUCCAGACCGCUACAAGCUUGUUUUCUUCGUCCCACCCUCCGACCUUGAAGCCUGCAAAGAAGCUAUAUUUGCGGUGGGCGCAGGCUCUUUCCCUGGCGGCAUUUAUACCAAGUGUUGUUUUCAGACCAUCGGACAGGGCCAGUUUCUUCCGAAUCAAGGUGCGAACCCAGCGAUUGGGGCGGUUGGAGUGGUGGAGACGGUAGAGGAGGUGAAGCUGGAGAUUAUGUGUCUUGGGCGGGAGGUGAUGCUGGACGCAGUGAAGGCCUUGGUCAAGGCGCAUCCGUAUGAGGAAGUUGCGUAUGAGGUUUAUCGGAUGGAGAAUGUGUAA